CGCCAACCCUGACCCCCCAUUCUUUCCUUAGACUGGCUCCCCUUGUGCGACUUUGUUUCCCAUCUCCGACGCGAGCACUCUUUGAAAUCCUCUUUUGCCAGCAAUGAGUCCCGUGUCUGGCCAGAUCUCCCCUCCCACCGAGCUGGCCGGGGACGCUUCCCUGACCCGCAAACGUCCCCGGCCCGUGGUCUCGUGCUUGCGCUGUCGCAAGAAGAAGCUCAAGUGCGACCGGGUCAUGCCCUGCGAGAACUGCUCCAAAGCCGGUUGUGCCCCCGACUGUGUCUUUCAUCCCAGUCCUGAUGGCGUCGAUGGUCUGCCGGACCAGCCCAGUGCGAAGCGCAUGCAUCUGCCACCUGACUUCCCGUUUCCCUCCGAUCCUCGGGGCGAUCCGGCUGGUGCCAGGCUGCCUCCGCCGCCCGCUGCUAUCGGUCUGCUGGAGGAUCUCCAGCAACGAUUGCAGCGUGUGGAAGAGGUGCUCUCCUUGAAGCCGCUGACGCGCUCGUAUGCCGGCUCCCUCAAGGAUGUGGUGGCCCGCGAUGCCAGUCCGUCUGUCCGCCAGACCACCCCGUCGACCCAUGCUCCCCCGUAUCCUGGUACUCUAGUCGUCAAAGGAAAGGGCACGCGAUCACGUUACCAUGGCCAGAACAACCGGACCACCUUGUUGCAUCAGUUCUCCGAAGCGAGAGAGUUCAUUGAACGCUGCACCAAGGACUCUGCCAUCUUGGGGCUGGCCAAGGAAGUCCAGUUUCUACAGACUAAAUCUAAGAUGCCCAUGAGCUCACCAGAAUCCAUGCCCGACCUCGACUACUCGCCCGAGCUGCUGCAGAUGCAGAGCUCUCUACCAUCUAAAGCGGUCUGUGACCGACUCGUGAACUUGUACACCACCAACUUUGAACGUACCCUACGCAUGUUGCAUGUCCCGUCUUUUCUCCGCCAGUAUGCCGAUUUCUGGACCACUCCAGGGCCGGACGCUGAACGCUCCGCCACUUUCUUGCCGCAACUGACGGCCGUUCUGGCAGCCGCGCUGCCUCUGGAAGAUCCUAGCUUCCGACUCGAGUACUCCUCUGUCUGGGAGUACUUGCAGACGCCCGCCGUUAACCUCGUGCGCGUGUGGUUGCAGAAGCUGGGUCGCAAGCAGCGCACCGAGCUGGUCUCGUUGCAGAUUGAGGCGCUUGUGUUGUUGGCGCGACGACUGCGGCUGGCCUCGCAGGAAGAGCUGUGGCGCGCCACCGGCACACUCGUGCGGUCGGCCAUGGUGGUGGGCCUGCAUUUGGAUCUGUCCGGCAAUAAGCAGCUGUCACCAUUUCAGAUCGAAGUCCGGCGCCGCUUGUGGAUUACCAUUGUGGAGAUGGACCUGCAGACCUCCAUCGCCUCGGGUAUGCCCGUGACCAUCCCGGAUCUCGACUUUGAUCCGCUUAUUCCGACCAAUUUGAAUGACACCGAUUUCGACGAAUCCACCACGGAGCUGCCGCCGGCGAAACCACUGCAUGAGUGGACUGAUACCCUCGCGCAAGUCACCUUGGCCUCCUCGUUACCCCACCGCAUCCGAGCCAUGUCGCUAGUGCGCACCUCGAGCCCGGGCUUAGAUCUGCGCGACAUUGUCAAGCAAGGCCGACGUCUGGAAGAAUGCCUGCGACAGAUUCCUCCUCCGCUCAAGCUGGAUCCCUCACCGAUCCAUGGGGAGACCCCUGGACCAGCCCUCUUGUUGAACCGGGUGCUGCUGGACGUAUACAUGCGUCGACCCUUGCUUUGUCUCUACCGGCCGAUUGUCAUGGGCGAGAGCCGCGAGGACCAGCUCUUCCUGGAGAUCGAACAAGCGUGUCUGGAGUCUUCGCUGGUGGUGCUCUCCUACCAGGAUUACUUUGACCCUAACGUGGCGGAUCUGGAUGUCUUUAAAUCAACCGCCUAUUGGGAUGUGUUCCAGCUCUUUUGCAAGAACGACAUUCCAUGGGCUGCGCUGAGUGUGUGUGGGUAUAUGAAAUUGUCCAACCAGCAGCAUUCCGGGGCCCCGACGCCGAUGGCGCCCGCUCCCGCCUACUCGCCCAGUCAGCCGACGACUACACACACCAAGGCCAGUCUUACGCGCAUUGUCGAGAAUACACUCGACGGGCUGACCCGCACGAUCGGCGAAACCGGCAGCAACAUCAAAGAUGUGAUGCUGUUGGCGGUGGUGCUGCAAUCGGUGCGGGCGCGGGGGUCCGCCGAGCUGAAGGAGCGAUGGAUGCAGCAGGGGGCUGUGAAGGCACUGUCGGCGUGUCGACAGCAUCUGUUGCCGUCUGUAGCGCAGCAAUCGUUUGCGUUUAACCUGACGGAUUUUGCACAGAUGCUUCAAACUACACAGCCGAUCUUCCCCACUACCACAGAUCCCGGCUACACGCCCUCCACGCAGCCACAGCUGCCCGACUUCCUAGCGGAGUCAUCUGCCUUGGCGACAGAAUUCAACAACUUCCGCGGCGAUCCCUUUGCAUUUGAAGAUGGAUCGUUUGCCUGGAAUAUGUAAAUUAGUGCCUGCAUUAUCUCAGUUUGUCGAUAAUGAGGCCUACGACGAAUGACGCAGCGAUAUGCAUUGUGCAGUCACAGUCAGUUUAGUAUUGGUUACAAUCAGUUAAUCGCUGAUUUGGUUAUGAGCGAAAAGUGGGAUGGUGUUUGGUGCUUCAUAGAUGGGAUGUACAUAGUGCCUCUUCACUGUAUCCAGUUUGAUGCGUUUCUCAGUGUAUUAGUUAAUUGUGUAUUGCUUGAUAAUAGUGUACUUAUGUGUGAAUGGAUACCC